UACAGAGUACGGACAGCCCAGCAAAUCUGGGGAUGUGAACUUCCCUCCUUUGAGGACUUUUACAGCAGCAGGUGUAGAAAGAAGGCCUGGAAGAUCAUUGGGGACUCCAAUCACAAACUGUUUCAGCUGCUUCUGUCUGGCAAAUGUUACCGCAGCAUUAAAGCCAGGACCAAAAGGCUACGGGACAGCUUCUUUCUACAAGCCAUUUGAGAUCUUGUUCUGCGCUCGUGGUACCUUUGAGGAGACACCUUGCUAUUGCUCUGUGCGAGCUUGGCACAUCAUGGAUCAGAUUAAGCCCGUGGUAGCUGGUGCCCGAGCUGCGUUUAACCAGGGCAAAACCCGGCCACUGGAAUUCCGCAUUCAGCAGCUGAAGGCUCUGGAGAGAAUGCUGACCAACAAGAAGGAUCAAAUCUUAGAGGCGCUCUACAAGGACUUGCACAAGGAAAAAUUUGAAGCAGAAAUAUUUGAAAUCUUGGGCAUUCUGAAUGACGUUACUGUGACUUUGAACAAGCUCCCUGAGUGGAUGGCACCAGAGUAUGUGUCAAAAAGCAUGACAACGCUAAUGGACAGUGUUUACAUUCACCGAGAGCCUCUGGGUGUGGUUCUCAUCAUUGGAGCCUGGAACUACCCAUUGGCCCUCGUGCUCCAGCCGUUAGUUGGGGCCAUUGCGGCAGGAAACGCCGCAGUCCUGAAGCCGUCGGAAGUGAGUGGGAAUACCGCCCAGUUGCUGGCGGAUCUCCUCCCUCAGUACCUAGACAAGGGACGGCAGAUGCCACAAUCUGAAGUAGCAAACAAUCUGCUGGAGAAACACAGUAGGGAGCUCUACCCUGUAAUUAACGGAGCGGAAAAGGAGGCCACCGAACUCCUGAGCAUUCACUUUGAUCACAUCUUCUUCACGGGCAGUGCUGCCAUUGGCAAGAUUGUGAUGGAGGCCGCUGCCAAGCACCUGACGCCAGUGACCCUGGAGCUCGGCGGGAAGAGCCCGUGCUACAUCGACGGGGACUGCAAUCUGGACGUUGCCUGCAGGCGUAUAGCAUGGGCCAAGUACGUUAACUGUGGCCAAACCUGCAUCGCCCCGGACUACAUCCUGUGUGACAAAAGUAUCCAAGAUAAAGUGGCAGAGAAGAUCAGCUCCACUACUACAGAAUUUUAUGGAUCCAACCCCCAGACAUCCCCGGACUACGGACGAAUCAUCAACCAGCGACAUUUUCGGAGAAUUAUGUCCUUGCUGGAAGGAGUGAAUGUGGCGUACGGCGGUCAGAAUGUUGAAGGAGAUCUCUACAUAGCUCCGACAGUUGUGACUGACGUGGAUCCUGACUCCAAGAUUAUGCAGGAGGAGAUCUUCGGGCCGGUGCUGCCCAUUGUCACGGUCAGUAGUGUGGACGAGGCCAUUGCCUUCAUCAACAAGCGGGACAAGCCUCUGGCUCUCUAUGUCUUCUCCCACAACACAAAGUUGAUAAAGAAGAUGAUCACAAAGACGUCCAGUGGUGGAGUCACAGCCAAUGACUGCCUCAUCCAUUAUACUCUCCACACUCUGCCGUUUGGAGGCGUAGGUACAAGUGGCUUUGGGGCAUACCAUGGCAAAUACAGCUUUGAAACGUUCAGUCAUCGCCGAGCAUGUGUGCUAAAGUCACUGGGCAUGGAAAAAUUUAACAGUGUCCGGUACGCGCCUGCUACUGAAUCAAAGCAAAAGUGGACGCAUUGGUUACUGAAAAAGUAAUGAAAAGUGUGGCAUGAUGAUAAACAGGCCAACUUCAUUGGCAUUGACCUUCUGACAACCUUGGAAUUGAGGCCUAAUGGGAUUCUUCCCAUUAUUUUGUGGGAAGAAUGGGCUGAACAAACUGCACAGAAAUCCAACCAAAUCAGCAACCGGCUCUUGGAAUCUAAACUCUUCCAUUGGAGCAUCCCAAUCAACUGUGACAAACUUCUGACAUUCUUAGUGACUAAGAUGCACGAUGGAGGAACUAGUGCCAGCAAUGGCAAAGUAAGCCAAAUGGCCUCCCAUACUCUAACUUCUGAUUCAGCAUUUAAUUUUUUAACAUUGAAUCUUUUGGACUUUACAACUACAUCUUACUUAUUUUAAUCAUAUAAUGUGUUCUUAUUUACUAAGGUUGAAUCAUAUACAGAAAUAGACUAUCUGACUCUAAAUCAGCUGCUGAACUGUUAUACAGUACACAGAAAAUGCUGUGAGGAACUCAGCAGGUCAGGCAGUAUCUAGGGGAAGGAAUAAAAAGCCAUGCCCUGAUCAAGGGUUUCGGCCCAAAAUGUCAACUCUUUAUUCAUUUCCAUAGAUGCUGCCUGACCUGCUGAGUUCCUCCAGCAUUUUGUGUGUGUUACUCUGGAUUUCCAGCAUCUGCAAAAUCUCUUGUGCUUAACUGCUAUCACGGGCUAUAGACUUUAUCCCCCUGAAUGCAUUGUUAACAUGAUGAAUAGAUGUUUUAAUGAUGAGAAUUCAGAGAAGUAUUGAACAUAGACGAGUUGUGCACGGGUUUCACUCUUCAUGCCUGCAUGUGCACUUUCUCCUCUACUGCGUUCCUUCUUGACCUCUUUUUUUUCUUUCCUUCCUUUUGACACUCAAACAGUGAUUGUAAUUUCAGAAUGUUCUAAUUUACCCAUGGGAAGUGUUUGGGACUUCCUGAGGUUAUGAAAGGUGUUCCUUAGGCAGUACACAUUAUUUGUCUGACUCCAGUCUCCAAGAACAGACAGUACUGCAAGUUCUGUCACGUGAAGAGUCAAACAGGUGAGGAAAGAAAAAGGUUCAAGAACGUGCCUUUUUCAUGAAAUGCACCUUUUCUCGGGGGAAUGUCUGGCUCCUGGCCACUCAAAGUGGAGGAAGGGAAUUUGGGAUGGUUUUGAGAACCUGGUAGUCAUAGAAGUCUACAGUUGGUGGAAGAAGUGCAUCACCUCACAGAUUAUCUACCUGGUCAGUCAUCCCUGCCUCAUCUGAGGAAGAGCCUGCAGUUCCCAUCUGGGUCACUGAACCCGAAGUAUGAAAUAGGACUAAGUCAAACUCAGUCUCGAAGGAAUGCAAGGGUUCUCUCAAUUAAGAAGAAGGGAUGCAAUGUAAAGGAGGAAGUUGACAACGAAACAUCCAGGAAAAAAGGAUUGUGGAAUGUUCCUGGAUUUUUUGUCGGACUCCCUGAUCUCGGUACCCAAACUCUUCUGAAGUCAGAUUCAAAACCGCACGUAGCUGUGGCCACGCGGAAAAAUCCAUGUUCCAUCUCUCUUGGAUUGAUACAUCUUUUCCAGGGAGAAAUCUUCCCUAGUAUCAGGCCUAAAUAUAUUAGGGAGUUCAAUUUUAUUUCACUGCUUUGUUUACUUAGGACAGUCAUUCUAUUUCAUUUAACUGAACACUUGAUUUUGCCAUUAAAUUUCAUUAUCUCAAGUAA